CAUAGCGUGAUAUAUUUACAUUAAGAUCAUCAAUACUUUAAUACACAGUAAAAUUGUCAUAAAAAUUGUACAGUGUGCUUCUACUUGUUUGCAAAAAUGGGGACAGCUCUAACGAUAGUCUCGAUAAACUUUUCAAACCGGAAGCUCUUCGCCAAUCGUCGUGUGCUACGGCCAUUUUCAAGAGGGAACCUGAGCGUCUACGAGGAUAUUAACUUUUCAGAAACGACCAACCGGUUAAAAUGGAAAAUAAAAAAUUGUUUUCUUUUGCCCAAGUCAUUGAUAAUAUCGUCAAGCACAAUGACUACGAAGUAGGCGACCCAUUCUACGCAGGCGCUGCCAUCCGCCCGCUCGUGGCCCCCAACUGUUCGGAGUACGUGGUGGCGCAUGCGAAGUUUAACCUGCGUCAAGUUCGUUCCUUCUCCGAGGUCUGCCUGCUGCCGCACAUCUUGCACAUGAUGCAAACACUGGGCCUGAAUCGCCUGCAGCGCCUCCAGAGCUACUCGUGGCCCCACUUGAAUGCCGGGAAUGGACACGGAGCGAUGAUUAUUAGUGCUCCGCGAAGCGGUCGCACCUUUGGCUACAUUCCGCCGCUCUGCGACCAGGUGUGUCGCGCCCUAACGGCGGGCAGGCGCCUGCGCGGCAUUGACAAGUGGUAUCCCGACCAGGAGGGUCCGCUGGCCGUGAUCUUGGUGCCGGAUGCGGAGCGUGUGAGUCAAGUGAGUGCCCUUUGCCACGCUCUGCUUCGAAAGGCGGCUAACGAGAAGUUGUUCACACUCACCCUGACUUAUGACUCUUCGAAGAAGGUGGAGAUUAUCCAUCGUCUGCUCAACGGCGUCGGAUGCAUGGUUUUCACACCUGCUCAGCUUGUGGUAUUACAUGAGGAGGCGCCGGGUGUGCUGCGUUUUCCACGCCUUCAAUUCCUGGUUUUCGACGACGUAGAUCUGAUGUCGUCCGAGCAGUUGCAGAAGACGGAGCAGGUUCUACGACAGGUACUGCCCAAGAACCUUUAUCCACAGUUCGUGAUGGUCUCACAGACAUACGAUCCCAAGCUGAUGGCCAAACUAAAAGCGGCGAACAGUAACCCGGCGCUUAUAUUCGGCGACAUCCUGGAGGCAGCUGUAUAUGGCGGAACGUGCAUUAGAAUCGCCUUCUGUAAUUCGGAGAGAAAGGUCAAGGAGGUGCUCCAGACAGUACAGCAGCGUCCGCCCAAGGACUAUCGCACGGUGGUUUACUGCAGCGAUGACAUAGACAUGCUUCACCUGGCGGUGGCUCUGGAGAAACGCUGCCACGCCUGUCUGCCCUACUUCCAGAGUGCCAAUCUGGAAGUCGCCGAGCAGGUGCAUCGUUGGAUGGCUAAGAGCCAAGGGGUCAUUUUGCUAUGCACGGAUGAUUGCCCGGAGCUGACGAUUCGGCAUGCGGAUACACUGAUCCACUACGGCAUGAGCAGUACGUGGAGCAAGUUUAAGAUGCGGCAUCUUGCCAUUUCCGGGAAUCUAAAAAACAACCUGGCCCCGCCAGACGGCAAGUCUAAGGCUGUAUCACUGCAUUCGCUGGUGCUGCUGGACCAACAGAAUCAGAGACAACUGCCACGUCUCGUGGACUUCCUGCAGAAGCACCAAAAGGUGGAUGACGACAUUGUGGAGCUGGUCAAGAAGAUCCGGCAGGAGAAUGAAGAGGAGCGAAUGAACCAGAACAUUAUAUGUCGCCAGAUCAUGGUGAAGGGCAGCUGCAAGAAUCCUGCCUGCGAAGAACGUCACCAUGUGACCGAUAUGGACAAAUGUCAUGCUUCUGUUCCCACUUCGGGAGACGUGAAAGUGCAAUUGGUGAGAGUCUACUCGCCGACGCACUUUUGUGUUUAUCUUGAGGAGCAUCUACCGCCGCAGGGCUCCUGGCAAAGGCUGCCCAGCCCGGCGGCUCAGCAUAUGCGCAUCCAGAUGCUCCAGGACGUAAAACAGGUUCGCUAUUGGCCUCCGGUUCCUGGGGACAUCUGUAUGUACCACAGUGCCAUCGACGAGAGAGUCCGGGUGCUCCAGGUGCCCCCCAUUAACGGCACGAAACUGGUGCGGCUCGAUCUGCCAGUGCUGGUGCAAGCCAUCGACAUUGACACUCGCAUCUUUUCCACCAAAAGCAGCAAGCUCUUCAAGUGUUCGGCCGAGGUGCAGCAGUUGCCGCCCAUGGCAAUCGAUCUUCGUCUACUAGGCUUGGAGCCCUUCUCCCAAGAAGGCGACUGGACGGAGAAAGAUCGCCGCGCUCUGGAGUACAGGCUUAAGGACUUGCCCGAGGAGCAUUUUCUGCAGGCCCACAUUCAGAUCGCCAAUGCAAAUACCUUGUUCGUUCGGAAUCUGGUGGCCAUGACAUAUGCGUCCACGGUGAAGAUGCACGUGCGAAACCUGAGUGUUUCCCAUAUACUGAUUACUGAAAAACUGGCCAAAAAAUGUGAGGAGACAGAGAAAAACAUACUGGCCUUCUUCACGGCUGGAGAGGAAGUGGAAUAUGCCCAGGAAAAAAUAAAAGCGGAAAUGCAGGAAGUGAAAACUCAGAUAGAAGACGCACUACAGAUGGAACAGAAGGAGGACCAAAAGGAGAAUGUGUCGCCCAAUAAGCCUAUUUCAGAACUCUUCAGUGGAAAAUUCUUAAGCCAAGCCCUCAACUUGGCCAGGAAAAACCAGCUUAAUAAAAAGCAGGAGGAGGACAAAGCCUUGUCUUCUUCCAUUACACAAGAACCAUCUAAGGCAUCCUCCAAUCGCGAAAGCAAAGCCCGGCUGGAUCUAGAAGAGCAGCAGCAAAAGUCGGAGAAGACCGAGUUGCCCAAAAAGCCCACUUCAGCACUUUUUGGCGGAAACUUUUUAAGCCAAGCCCUAGAGUUGGCCAGGAAAAACCAGUUUAAGAAGAACCAGAAGGAGACUAUAGCCUUAUCUUCCCCCAUGACAUUAGAACCAUUUCAGAUAUCCUCCAAUCCAGACAGAAAGUUCCAGAGGGAUCUAGAAGAGCAGCAGCAGCAGGCGUCAAAGAGAAAUGAGUCACCCAAUAAGCCUACUUCAGUUUUUUUCAGCGGAAAAUUCUUUAGCAACGCCCUCGAGAUGGCCAAGAAGAAUCAGCUUAAGAAGAAGCAGGAGGAGGACAUGACACAGGCAUCCUUCAAUCCGGAAAGCAAAUUCCAACUGGAUCUAGAAGAGCAGCAGCAGGAGUCGGAGAAGAAUGAGUCCCCCAAAAAGCACGCUUCAGCACUUUUCAGUGGAAAAUUCUUAAGCCAAGCCCUUGAGUUGCCCAAGGAGAACCAGCUUAAGAAGGACCUGCUUCUGGAUAAAGUUGUGUCUCCGCUCAAAACCCAAGAGCAACCUGAGACAUCCUCCAGUUCAGACACCAUGGCCCAGCUGUAUGAAUGUCUUAUGAGAUGUACCCUGCUGGAUCUAGAAGAGCUGCGGGAGCAGCAGCAGCAUUCGAAGGCGAAGAAUCCCGAUCCAUCGUCAAGCUCAAUCGCCGACUUUCUUAAUAAUAUGAUGACUGGAGGAGCAGCAAAAACUGCUGGCAGACCAAAGAAACAGAAAAAGUUAAUGGCAAUCCAGGCUGCACCAGAACCACCACAUGAGAAUCGUAGCCAGAAGAUUCAGUCACAACUUCCGCCGAAUGUGGUUCGACCAACGACCAGUUACUAUCAGACCCAGACCACCUUGGAGCUACAAGUGCUGCUCCCCGAAGAGGCCCAGGAGUAUGAAGCUUUGUUGGAGAAAACACAAAUCUUCUUUUGGGCCAUCUGCAAGUCCUCGGAACUCAAGCAUCAAUUCGUUCUGAGCCUGAGUUUUCCAUACAUCUCUUUAACCCAUCGCAUGUGUGGCCGCACCGUCUACAUUAGUGUCCAGAAGGCAAUGGCCACCGUCGAUCCGCUGCACUUCAACCACUAUCCCUUCAUGAAACCCAAUCACGAAAUGUUUGCCAAGUUCGAUGAAGAACAAAAGAUCCAAGAGAACAAUACCAAAGGAUAUCUAAAGGAAGUGGUAUCCGUAGAGCAACAAGUGGAAAACCAGGACGAUGAGGAUAGCUCUGACGAGGACCAAUUUUCAGAUGAGGUUGAGAUUCCAGCUCAAAAUAAAGUAUACGAGGACUAGACUUCAAAUACUACUGUUUUAUACAUAAAGCUAAUCAACUUAAAAUUAAUUUUUUUUUAAUAUUUAUCUUAUAUAAUUCAUAAAAUUAUUUAUAGAUCAAGUGAAAGUAAAGAGACAUAU